AUAAAGACAGUCGUGAGAAGUAAAAGUGAUAUACCAGUGUAAAACUACAGUCUUGCACUAUGAACAUGCUGACAGGUAUUUUGCUGUUCUUCAUAGGAUCGUCUCUCGCCCAGGAUGGUGUAGGUCCUGAUGGAGGCGGCCCUCAACCCCCUCUGCCUCCUGGACCAUUUCCUCCUGUACCAACGGAUGGACCACUCCCUCCUCUACCCACAGAUGGUCCGCUACCUCCCCUACCCACAGAUGGACCGCUACCUCCUCUACCCACAGAUGGACCGCUACCUCCUCUACCCACAGAUGCACCAAUCCCUACCGACCCUCCUCUGCCUCCACUACCAACUGGAACACCUCCACAGCCCGAAACUCCAGUGCCACCAACUCAGAAACCACCGAAAGAUUGCAAGGACAAGGCAUAUAACUGUAAGCAAUUACAGAAUGCGUGCCGAACCAGUUGGAAUAUCAAAAACUAUUGGUGCAAAGAAACAUGUGGAACRUGUGCUGAAGGAAACUGCAAAGAUAACAUAUCAAACUGCUGGAACAACAAACGSUUCUGCAGUCGCCCUGCAGUAGCCAUUCAGUGUCAACGCACAUGCAAAGUGUGUAAGUACAAAUCCCUGUAUUUCAAAGGUAGAAAUAGGUAUAAUGUUCUGCUUGGUUUCAAAGAUUCUACUUAGCAAACAAGAAUGUACAUGUACUCUCCAUUACAAGUCCCUAGUCCCUAGUCCCUAGUCCGAUUCCAAACUGAUUUUUCUAAUGACAGCUUUYUUCACGUUUCUCUGUUUAAUUUUUGUUUUAUUAUAUCC